CAUUACUCAGUGCUACCUAAACUCAAACCACUGGCUUACAGUGAAUGAUUCAACAAAUGAAAUCAUUCACGCGUCUCGCAGUAGUAAGCGUUUUGCUUGAGGCCCAUGUCCUGUUACUACAACUACUAUUGAUUUGACCUCAGUCGCUUGCCGUAUUAACAGUAAAGUUGUGUGACGCAGCAACGCCGAACCGACAGCAGCAUUUUUACAGUCAAGAUGGCGACGUCGGAGCCGCAGUGUGCAACUGAAUCUGAAGAAAGCACAGCAGAGCCUACUGCACCUGUAGUUGCUAACCCAGAAGAAUACAUGAAACAUCCUCUGCAAAACAAAUGGGCUCUUUGGUAUUUCAAAAAUGACAAGAGCAAAAGUUGGACGGAAAAUCUGAGACUUAUUGCCAAAUUUGAUACAGUUGAAGAUUUCUGGGCGUUAUAUAAUCAUAUACAGCAACCUAGUAAACUUGGAUUUGGAUGUGACUACUGUUUAUUUAAGGAUGGAAUCAAACCGAUGUGGGAGGAUGACAGAAAUAAACUUGGGGGAAGAUGGUUAAUGACACUCAACAAACAGCAGAGACAUAAUGACUUGGAUCGGUACUGGAUGGAGACGCUGUUAUGUUUAAUCGGAGAGUCCUUUGGUGAAGCCAGUGACGAUGUGUGUGGUGCAGUUGUCAACGUUAGACCAAAAGGUGACAAACUAGCCAUCUGGACAGGAAACUGCGAAAAUAAAGAAGCAAUCAUGACUAUAGGGCAACAAUACAAAGAACGUUUGAGUAUUCCUUCAAAAGCCCUUAUUGGAUACCAGUCACAUGAUGACACAUCUAGCAAAAGUGGAUCCACAACAAAGAACAUAUUUACAGUUUGAAGAAAGCCAGUUAUAUUUGCUGUAGUUUAUAAAAUUAUUCAUCUGCACCAUAACAGUCAUUUAUGAAUUGUCAACUACAGUAGUGUCCUUUUUUUAACAUGUUUGUGUAUGUACAAUAAUCCUUUGCCUUCACAAUAAAAAUGAACAGCAGUAUUUUUCAAUACCAAACAGUCAGGUGACAGUCUAGUGGGCAAAUGUACUGAUCUGUUAUAGUAACAAAGAUUUCAAUUUUCUGUAGAGCUUUUAAUGGAUAUUACAGUGAGAAGUAAAUAUAAUGUGCUGCCACAGAUUUUAAUAAAGUGUAUGAGUAAUAUCUAGAUAAACUACAGAGGUUGCAGUUCACGUUUUGAAUAAAACAACCUUUCUCGAUAA